AAUAAAGAACAGACAGAAGAGACUCACUCUUCAAACCUUACAAUAAACGGGUUUAUCCAAGACUACGUGAUCGCUACUUUGGCGAACGAGGAUGGGAGAUAACGGAGCGUAUAUCCUAUGAUUUCAGGUGAAAUAUGAAGUGAAGUUAUACUGUUUGGGAGACAGAUGAGAACAUCAUUCUCGACAAGAGCGAAACAAUCCACGCAGCGGCGAUUUCAAGACCGCAGCUCUACCGGCGAUCGUGGUGGCCUAGAUACCCCAAGCAGCCGAGCGCUGACUCCCCCGCCACGGAUCAAGUGGACUCGCCCAACCGAACGUGCCCGAUUCUGACAAAAUGGCCUCUGGAGCACCGCUGUAUGCCACCGUGGAGACUUUUUCUCCCGAAGGUGAACCAUUUCAGGUCGGUAUCAGGUGGAAAGCAUGGAUAGAAAGUUUUGAGGAUUAUUUAGCAGUGCUUGAAGUAAAAGAUUCUCAAAGGAAAUUACAGUAUCUGAGAUAUCACAUGGGUGUUAAGACUAAACAGAUAUGUAAAAUAUUUCCUAAUUAUACUAGUUUAAACACGUAUGAGGCGAUGGUCAGUGCCCUGAACCAGCAUUUUGUACCCAAAGUAAAUAAGUUUUAUGAGAGAUUUAAAUUUUCAAAUUGUAAGCCAAGGCAUGAUGAGAAGAUAGACUCUUGGGUGACAAGGUUAAAGCAAGCAGCUACCUUGUGUGAAUUUCCUGAAUUAGAAGAACGAAUCAUAGAGACCAUAUUACUUCUCACGCCAGACCGCAAAUUUAGAGAUAAAUUACUAGAAGAAGAUCCUUUAACUCUAGAUAAACUGAUGGAAAUGGCUAGGUUAAGAGAAAUCUCAAAGUCACAGACUGAUUCCAAUGAAACAAAAGAGUUUAUGAGUAAAGGACAGGAACGUAAGGGUAGGUUACCUGCUUCUGUCCAAGGGAACAGCUCAGGUGAGUCGACUCCCAGACAUAAGCCAAGGGCAAGAGAUCAGAGAUAUCCUAGUGCACAGGGCUGCCGUAGGUGCGGUAGGGAAAACCAUAGGGCUAAGGAUACUGAUAGAUGUCCAGCUAUGGGUAAACAGUGUAAUAACUGUAAAAAAUGGAACCAUUUUGCUCAAGUUUGUACAAACAAGCGCAAUCAGAGGUCAAGGAAUGUAGUAUAUAAGACGGAGGACACACAAGAGUCUGACUAUGAUUCAGACAAAGAUUGGGUAUUUUCAAUUGUUUAGAUGGUAGAAAGAAAAUAAUAUACCUAGAUGUUUAAAUAAAUGGUAAACCAGUAGUAAUGCAGCUAGAUACAGGGGCAGAUAUUACUAUAUUGCCUGAUAUAUAUAGCUAAAACAAUUCCUGGUAUUAAAAUGUAGCCAGCAGAUAAAGGACUGAAGACAUUUGGGUCUCAUGGGUUGACAGUAAAGGGCAUGGUUAAAGUAGUGGUAAAGUACGAAGAUCAGGUGCAUGAAAAUUUACCUUUAUAUGUUGUGAAGGAAAGAGAUGGAUGUCUCUUUGGAUUACAGUGGUUAUCUCAUAUUAAGUUGAAUUGGCCAAAGGUGUUUGAGAAAGUAUGCAAGGUAAACAUGAGAAAUCUAUUGUCCAUAAAUGAGAUCAUACCACUAUACCCUGAAAAAUGUCAAGGGGUAUAGGUACAGUUGCAAUCAGCAAAGCCUCAUUGGUACUGAGACCAGAAGCAGCUCCAAAGUUCAUACCCCCAGGAAAUUUCCGUUUGCAUUGAAGCCAGCUGUGGAACAAGAAAUUCGUAGAUUGGAGGCUGAAGGAACCUGGGAAAGGGUUAAUUAUUCAAAUUGGGGUACACCUCUAGUGCCAAUAGCUAAGAGAGAUGGCAGUGUAAGACGUUGUGGAGAUUAUAAAGUAACUGUAAAUCCACAAUUGCAGGUUGCAUAACAUCCUCUGCUAAAUAUUCAAGAUAUGUUAGCUGCUAUAGGUGGUUGCAGAGUAUUUUCAAAUCUGCAUGAUUACAACUAAUAAUGGAUGAUAAAUCACGAGAUCUAUACUCUGAUAUAAAUAUUUUAUGCUUUACCUGGAAUAUUUUGUAGAUGGCAUUUUGAUCGUAGGAAAAAAAGAAAAAGAACAUCUGGAAAGAUUAGCUAUUUUAGAUAAAAUCAAGGAAAAUGGAAUGAAAACACACAAAAGUAAAUGUCAUUUCUUUGUAAAAUCCCUUGGGUAUAUAGGCUUCAAAAUUGAUGGUCGGGGGGUAUCCAGAAAACUGAUGACAAAGGGCGGUUAAUAGUGCCAAAGAGCCAGAGAAUGUCAAAGGACUACAGUCAUUCUUAGAGUUAGUUACAUUUUAUGGUAAAUUUGUAAAGAAUCUAGCCACUAUUGCUAACCCAUUGUAUAAUUUGACCGCAAAAGAAGUUCCGUGGCUGGUCAGUAAAAUGUCAGGAAGUUUUUGACAGGAUUAAAGCUGAAAUAACAGAUGAAACAUUUCUGUUACACUACAACAUUUGCCUGUAAAAUUAGUGCGUGAUGUAUCGCAAGUAGUGUUAAGUGAAGUAUUGGCACACGCUAUGGAGGAUGGUACUGAAAGACCCAUUGCUUUUGCAUCGAGAUUGCUGAAUAAGGUUAAAUAAAAAUAUUCUCAGAUUGAAAAAGAGGGAUUAGCAUUGGUAUAUGGUCUUAAGAAGUUCCACAUGUACCUCUAUGGUAGAAAAACCUUUACAUUAGUAACAGAUCACAAACCACUUUUAGCUAUUCUAGGACCAAAGAAGAGGCUACCGGAGUUAGUAGCAGCUCGUCUACACAGAUGGUCAAUAACCCUAGCUGACUAUAAUUAUGACAUGGAGUAUAGGUCCACAUCAAGGAUUGGGAAUGCGGACGCUCUAUCCAGACUGCCAGUAGAUCAAGCUUCGAGAGAGGAAACAUCGAGCAUUAUGUUAGUAGACGCAUGUGAGCUACCGAUUACAUCAAAACUAAUUGUUAGUCAGACUUAGAUGAUCAUAUAUUAUCAAAGGUUUUACAGUGUUUGACAUUAAAUGAUAAGGAUGUAUUGUCUGAGCAAUAGUACAAACCAUUUGCACAAGUGUGGUCUGAAUUGACGGUUGUACAGGAUUGUGUAAUGAGAAACACCAGGGUAGUAGUUCCAGACUGCUUGAGGGGUAAUUGCUCUAACUUUAGUGUGGUGGCCUGGUAUUGACAAUGUCAUCACGACGUUUGUAAGAAAUUGUGAGGGCUGUGCAAUUCAGCAAAACAAUCCAGCUCCAUGUAAGACACACCCUUGGGAGACACCUAGUAGUCCUUGGCAAAAAUUAUGAUUGUGAUAUUGCCAACUAUUGUGAUAUUGUGAUAUUUGUGAUAUUAUGUACUUAUUUAGUGUGCUUUUAUGAUUCUCAAUAAUCGUUUUAUCUUCCAUAAGGGGAAAGGAAGUGUUAUGUAUUAACAUACACUAAAUGAUAUAUGCUAUUAACACUAUAAAGUUCCUAUGUAUAAACUAACAUUUAUUAUGUAUGUGAUAAACUAAAUGAUAUAUGUUAUUAACACUAUAAAGUUCCUAUGCAUAAACUGACUAACAUUUAUUAUGUAUGUGAUACCCAUGUAACGACGUGCAAUCCAUUUUCUAUGACCGGUCAAUGUAUGCCCUAGCGGCGAUGUGUGUAACCCCACUUGGCUUGGCAACAAUAAAGAACAGACAUAGAA